AUGGCCUGCACGCCUCUUAAACGCUCCCUGGACCAGUCAAUCGGGGCAUCGUCUCCAAGCAUCAGAAACCCAAGCCACGCACUAGCGGAUUCCGUAUCUUCAACAAGCAGCUGGUCAACAUCAGCCAUACCUCAGACUCCCAAAACUCUAGUACCCGACGAUAAAUGCGGUGAUUCAAUAGACAGUAAAUUGUCUAUGGAGUGGAGCCCUACAAAUGAAAGGGCGAUUCGAGAACCCUAUGACUAUAUUGCAGCAUUGCCCGGGAAAGAGAUUCGCCGAAAACUACUAGAUGCGUUCAAUGUCUGGCUGAAAGUGGAUGAGGAGUCGUGCGAGAUUAUUGCACGGACAAUCACUAUGGCACACAAUGCAUCACUUAUGAUUGACGAUAUUCAAGAUAACUCUCAACUUCGACGGGGUGUUCCAACAGCACAUAGGGUGUACGGUAUUGCACAGACGAUCAAUGCCGCGAAUUAUGUCUACUUUCAGGCACAACAAGAGCUUAUGCGUCUAAAGAAUUGGCCGCAGGCGUUGGCGAUUUUCAAUGACGAGCUGAUAAAUCUUCAUCGUGGUCAGGGAAUGGAACUUUUCUGGCGCGAUAACUUCCAGCCCCCAUCCGAGGGCGAUUACCUACAAAUGAUAGCAAACAAGACCGGUGGACUCUUCAGGCUGAUACUUCGGCUUCUACAGUGCGCUAGUACUCGUGUUGUGGAUAUCACCCCUUUGGCUAAUGUGGUUGGCCUAUUUUUCCAGAUCCUGGACGACUACAAAAAUAUGGUAGAUGACAAGAUGGCGGCCCAGAAGGGCUAUUGUGAUGACUUGACAGAGGGAAAAUUCUCUUUCCCAAUAUGCCACGCGAUCUGGACCGAAAGUUCGAGAAAGGACGACAUCCUCGACAUAUUAAGGAUGAAAACUGAGGACGACACCCUCAAGGCAUGUGCGGUCACGAGUCUCCGUCAAUCAGGGAGUUUUGGAUAUACGAGGCAGGUUCUUGAGCAGCUGAACAAGAGAGCAAGAGAACUUUUGCUGGACCUGAAAGUUCCUAACCCUAAACUUGAAGCGCUGCUAGAUACUCUUGUUAAAAGCUUUGAGGCUUGCCACUGA